GUGCUUGGUUAUUGACUUUAAGUUUACAAUUUUUUUCUUCCAAUUAUAAUCUUUGUUUAUGGAUAAAGGUUUGCUCCCAUUAUAAACACCUCCUUAAUCUGGUCGAUGACAUGUGAGAGAGGAGCAAUGAUGGUGAAGAAAACAACUCAAGCUUCUCUUCUUCUAAGUUUGCUUCAUAUACUUAUAUGUAUAUCCUUUCAGCUUCGUGCCACGGUGGCUAUACGCCCUAACCUAGCGAUAUCCCCAAGUCAAAUCCUAAAUUCACCACCACCCGCGAUGGUAUGGCCCUCUCCGCCAUGUGGAUCUAAUAUUGGAAGUCAACUUACGGCACUUAAAGAGAAGCUUUGUAGACAAAUUCCAAAGCCUCCUCUUAAAACUAAAAAGAAGAAAACUCCAAAGCCUCUUAAAACCAAAAAGAAAAGUAUUCCAAAGCCUCUUAAAUCCAAAAAGAAAAAAAAUCCAAAACCUCAUGCAGCAAUACCGUGAUCUUUCAGGCAAAAGUUUGCGGCAAAGAAAUUUUACAUAUGAAACCAUCACUUAUGAUCUGUUUUUUGGAAUACACUUAUCCUUUGCGAACUCAUUAAGCAUUUUAUUGCAUUGUCCAACAUUUUGUAUUCACCUCGUGCUUUAAUAAAGAUCAUUCCGAUCCUGUUUUUUACUA